AUGCCUACACGCGUCAUUUCCAAGGACAUCAAGGACAGGAUUCCGAUUCUUUUCUAUGAGCAAGACCGCACUGUCAAGGAGAUAUGCCUCAUUCUUGGCAUCAAGAAGUCUACUGUCUACCUCGCUCUCAGCUGGUUUCGCUCCUACGGCAAGCCAUAUAAUCCUGAUGUUCAUCGCAUAGGCAGGAGGCGGAAGCUUGAGCAUACGGAUGUGCGCUUCAUCUGCUCAUUGUUGAAACAGCGGCACUGCAUCUAUCUCGAUGAAAUCCAGGAACAGCUUAGCACGCAUCGUAACAUCACUGUCUCUCUCUCUACCCUCUUUCAUACCCUUCGUACUCUUCACUUCUCACGAAAAACUGUCUCUGCAAAAGCCCUUGAACAAAAUCUGAUGGACCGGUUACGAUGCGACUUUAUUUCGACGAUCUUUGAUGUUGCUUCCUGGUAUUCGGCAUAA